CUUGGUAAAAACUCAUUAAUAUUAUUUUAGUAAAAAAAAGUUUUAACAGUCAAAUUUUCCCUCUGAUGUUAUUAGUGAAAUAUAAUGUAUCCGGUAAACUGUGCAGAGUGCUACUGCUCCUCCUCCUGUUUCUGCUGCCCUCGAAUACAGAAAGUCGGAUCGGGAGCCACUACAUCCAUCGGCGGGCGAAGCGACUCUCGAGUCCCUACUUCGAGGAGGAGAAAACUCUGAAGCUGGCCAAAUAUGUGGUUUCCAUUCGGUCUCGAACGCCCCUCAAGUUCUUCGGAGACAAUCACUUCUGCGGCGGGGUGAUCAUCUCGCGAACCUACAUCAUGACCUCGGCACACUGCGCCAUGGACAAGCGCAAGAUCAUACAUCGAAGUCGGGUCUUACUGGUUGUGGCUGGAACCGCGAAUCGGCUGAAAUACCGGGAUGGCAUCUCGGUGAACAUGCCCGUGAAGAAGAUCUUUGUGCCGGAGGCCUUCACAGUGUUCAACACGAACAACCUUGCGCUGAUGAUGUUGGCCAAGAAACUGCCAUUGGACAAUCCGCACGUGGGUGUGAUCAGUCUGCCGACGGCUGACCCAGAAGAGGGUCUCAACUACACAGUUCUGGGCUGGGGACGUGUCUAUAAGGGCGGUCCGAUGGCCUCCCGCCUCCUGCACAUUGACGUUGAACUAUUGCCCCGGGAGGUCUGCGAGAAGAAGCUGCACACCUUCAAGGAGGAGAUGAUGUGCGCCGGCAACCUGAACAACAGCCUGGACGAGAAUCCCUGUGCCGGGGACACCGGAAGCCCGCUGAUCCACAACGAAACCGUCUUCGGUGUGGUGAGCUAUCGCAUAGGAUGCGGGUCGCGCACCUUGCCCUCGGUCUACACCAACGUCUUCGUCCACUUGGACUGGAUCGACGGCAUCAUGAAGGAGAACAGGGCGAACCUAGCGGAGGAUACCCUCAUCUGUUUGUUGACCACCCUCAGCGUACUCAUGGGAAAUAAAAUUCUGAAAGGUUGUGCACUGUAUUUGAUCAUCUGA